GCUUUCCCAGAGCGCGAGCUGGGCUCCGUCAAUCAGAACAAUGACUUCUCCGCGGUCGCCUGAGGAGCGGAGCUGAGGCGCACACAAGCGAGCGGGAGCGCUGGCCGCCGGGCAAAGUGGGCUCGCCGCUUGGCGGUCGCUGCAGCUGCUCUGAGGCGGAGGGGAGCCGCGGCUGCUGUUCCUCCUGUUAUUGUUUGGCCAAGAGGGACCGAGAGCCGCCUUCACUUUUUGGAGCAUGUGGAUUCCCACCGAGCACGAGAAAUACGGAGUGGUAAUUGCAAGUUUUCGAGGAGCAGUCCCCCAUGGCUUAUCACUGGAGAUUGGAGACACUGUUCAAAUACUGGAGAAAUGUGAUGGCUGGUACAGAGGAUUUGCCUUAAAAAACCCCAACCUCAAGGGUAUCUUCCCUUCCAGCUAUAUUCACUUGAAAAAUGCAUGUGUUAAGAACAAAGGGCAGUUUGAAAUGGUUGUUCCCACAGAAGAUUCAGUUAUCACAGAGAUGACGUCAACUUUAAGAGACUGGGGAACGAUGUGGAAACAACUUUAUGUGAGAAAUGAAGGGGAUCUCUUUCACCGACUAUGGCAUAUAAUGAAUGAAAUUCUAGACCUACGGCGGCAGGUGCUCGUCGGCCAUCUCACCCAUGAUAGGAUGAAGGAUGUCAAACGGCACAUCACUGCUCGCUUGGACUGGGGCAACGAACAACUAGGACUUGACUUGGUACCAAGAAAGGAAUAUGCUAUGGUGGAUCCAGAGGAGAUCAGUAUUACAGAGCUGUAUAGACUGAUGGAGCACCGUCAUCGCAAGAAAGACACGCCCGUCCCAGCAAGCAGCCAUCACCUCUUUGUUCAGAUGAAGAGUUUGAUGUGUUCCAACUUGGGAGAAGAACUAGAAGUCAUCUUCUCACUCUUUGAUAGCAAAGAGAACCGACCAAUCAGCGAGAGAUUUUUCUUAAAAUUGAAUCGGAAUGGUUUGCCAAAAUGUCCAGAAAAGCCAGAAAGACAUUGUUCUCUUUUUGUGGACUUGGGAAGCAGCGAGCUCAGGAAAGACAUCUACAUCACUGUGCACAUUAUACGGAUUGGCCGAAUGGGAGCUGGUGAAAAGAAAAAUGCUUGCAAUGUACAGUACCGACGACCUUUUGGUUGUGCAGUCCUCAGCAUAGCGGAUCUGUUGGCGGGAGACACAAAGGAUGAUCUUAUUCUGAAAGUAUACAUGUGUAACACAGAGAGUGACUGGUUUCAGAUCCAUGAGAACAUCAUCAAGAAGCUAAACGCUCGUUAUAACCUUACAGGAUCUAAUGCUGGUCUAGCUGUCUCUCUGCAGCUGCUACACGGAGACAUUGAACAAAUCAGGAGGGACUACACAUCUAUGUUUACCCAUGGAGUAUCGAUAACAAGAAAGCUGGGCUUUUCCAAUAUUAUUAUGCCAGGUGAAAUGAGGAAUGACUUGUAUAUCACAAUAGAAAGAGGAGAGUUUGAGAAGGGAGGAAAAAGUGUUGCUAGGAAUGUAGAAGUGACAAUGUACAUUGUGGACUGUGGUGGUCAAAUCUUAAAGGAUUUUAUCUCUUUUGGCUCUGGAGAGCCACCAGCCACUGAAUUUCACUCCUUUGUGCUUUACCACAACAACAGUCCCAGGUGGGCUGAGCUGCUGAAACUUCCUAUUCCCGUGGAUAAAUUCAGGGGAGCUCAUCUUCGCUUUGAAUUCCGACACUGUUCCACAAAAGAAAAGGGGGAGAAGAAGUUGUUUGGUUUUUCUUUCGUCCCUCUGAUGCAGGAAAAUGGAAGGACACUGCCAGAUGGCACUCACGAGCUCAUUGUGCACAAGUGUGAAGAAAAUGUAAACCUUCAGGAUUCUAGUCGCUACCUCAAAUUUCCCUUUUCAAAGGGGCAUCUCCUUUCAAAUAACCACCAAGCAGUAAAAACCACUAAGGAAUCAUUCUGGAUAACAUCUUUCCUGUGUUCGACUAAGCUUACACAGAACGGAGACAUGCUUGACCUUCUUAAGUGGCGAGCCCACCCAGAAAAAAUUGCCGGCUGCCUCUCAAAAUUGAAAGAAAUUGAUGGGUCAGAAAUAGUAAAGUUUCUCCAAGAUACACUGGACACUUUAUUUGGAAUUUUAGAUGAAAAUUCUCAAAAGUAUGGCUCCCAAGUAUUUGAUUGUUUGGUUCACAUAAUUAAUUUGCUGCAGGACAGUAAGUUUCACCAUUUUAAGCCAGUUAUGGACACCUACAUUGAAAGCCACUUUGCAGGAGCACUUGCAUACAGAGACCUCAUAAAGGUGUUGAAGUGGCAUGUUGAUCGGAUAACAGAAGUGGAAAGGCAAGCACACAACCAAGAAGUAUUAAAGGCACAAGAAUAUAUAUUUAAGUAUAUCAUCCAGUCUCGGAAGCUGUUCUCUCUCGCUACUGGAGGGCAAAACGAGGAGGAAUUCUGCUGCUGUAUUCAAGAGCUUUUGAUGUCUGUGCGAUUCUUCCUUUCCCAAGAAACCAAAGGGGCUAGUACUUUAUCCCAAGCCCAAGCGGUCUUUCUUGUCUCCUUCCCUGCUGUGUACUCAGAGCUGCUGAAGCUAUUUGAAGUGAGAGAGGUUGCAAAUUUGGUGCGUGAUACUCUAGGAAGCUUACCAACCAUCACAAAUGCAGAUGACUCCCUUCAAGCUGUGAAACUCCAGUGCAUUGGAAAAACAGUAGAGAGUCAAUUGUACACGAACCCAGAGUCUCGAUAUAUUCUACUACCGGUUGUUUUGCAUCACCUCUAUGUACAUCUGCAGGAACAAAAGGAUCUGAUCACGUGUGCACACAUCCUAAGCAACAUCUUUUGCCUCAUAAAGAAAAAUAGUUCUGAAAAGUCAGUUUUGGAAGAAAUAGAUGUAAUUGUGAACAGCCUGCUAGAUGUGCUGCUCAGAACCAUCUUGGAGAUCACAAGCCGCCCUCAAACAGCAGGGUCCACGACGAGGCUUCAGUUUCAAGAUGUUACUGGAGAGUUUGUUUCAUGUCUUUUGUCAUUAUUGCGACAAAUGACUGACAGACAUUACCAGCAGCUCCUUGACAGAUUCAAGACGAGGGACGAGCUGAGGGAUUUCUUAUUACAGAUAUUUACAGUCUUUCGAAUAUUAAUACGGCCAGAGAUGUUUCCAAAGGACUGGACAGUGAUGCGUUUAGUUGCUAACAAUGUUAUUAUUACAACAGUACUAUAUCUUUCGGAUGCCCUUCGUAAAAACUUCUUAAAUGAAAGCUUUGAUUACAAGAUUUGGGAUUCCUACUUUUACCUGGCUGUCAUUUUUAUAAACCAGUUAUGCCUGCAGUUAGAGAUGUUUACCCCAUCCAAGAAGAAAAAGGUGUUAGAAAAAUACGGCGAUAUGCGGGUGACAAUGGGAUGUGAAAUCUUCAGCAUGUGGCAAAAUUUAGGGGAACACAAAGUCCACUUCAUCCCAGCACUGAUUGGCCCGUUCUUAGAAGUGACACUGAUACCUCAACCGGAUCUUCGAAAUGUAAUGAUUCCUAUUUUCCAUGACAUGAUGGACUGGGAGCAAAGGCGCAGUGGCAACUUUAAACAGGUGGAAGCUAAACUGAUUGACAAAUUGGAUAGCUUGAUGUCAGAAGGCAAAGGUGACGAAACAUACCGAGAGCUCUUCAAUAGUAUAAUUCCACUCUUUGGUCCUUAUCCCAGCUUGCUGAAGAAAAUUGAACGCGAAACAUGGAGAGAAAGUGGCGUUUCAUUAAUCGCCACUGUAACCCGUCUUAUGGAGAGACUGCUGGACUACAGGGACUGCAUGAAAAUGGGUGACGUGGAUGGCAAAAAGAUUGGCUGUACUGUCAGCUUGCUGAAUUUUUACAAGACAGAAUUGAAUAAAGAGGAGAUGUAUAUUCGAUAUAUACAUAAACUGUAUGAUCUGCACCUUAAAGCACAAAACUUCACAGAGGCUGCAUACACGCUCUUGCUGUAUGACGAGCUGUUGGAAUGGUCGGAACGGCCACUGAGAGAGUUUCUGAACUAUCCCAUGCAGACCGAGUGGCAGCGCAAAGAAUACCUUCAUCUCACUAUCAUCCAGAACUUUGACAGGGGGAAAUGCUGGGAGAAUGGCAUUAUCUUAUGCAGGAAGAUCGCUGAGCAGUAUGAAAGCUAUUACGACUACAGAAACCUCAGCAAGAUGCGGGUGAUGGAAGCUUCUUUGUAUGAUAAAAUUAUGGAUCAACAACGUUUGGAGCCUGAGUUUUUCCGGGUUGGAUUCUAUGGGAAAAAGUUUCCCUUUUUCUUACGAAACAAAGAAUUUGUUUGCCGAGGGCAUGACUAUGAGCGUUUGGAGGCUUUUCAACAGCGGAUGCUGAACGAGUUUCCACAUGCCAUUGCUAUGCAACAUGCCAAUCAGCCCGAUGAAACCAUCUUUCAAGCAGAAGCACAGUACCUGCAAAUCUAUGCCGUGACACCAAUUCCAGAAAGCCAGGAAGUGCUGCAAAGAGAAGGCAUUCCAGAUAACAUCAAAAGUUUUUAUAAAGUGAACCACAUCUGGCGAUUCAGAUAUGAUAGGCCAUUCCACAAAGGGACCAAAGACAAGGACAAUGAAUUCAAGAGUUUGUGGGUGGAGAGAACCACGCUGAUCUUGGUGCAGAGCUUGCCUGGGAUUUCACGUUGGUUUGAAGUGGAGAAACGUGAAGUAGUGGAAAUGAGCCCCCUGGAGAAUGCUAUUGAAGUGCUGGAAAAUAAAAACCAACAGCUGAGGACACUGAUCAGUCAGUGUCAGACUCGACAGAUGCAGAACAUCAACCCCCUCACAAUGUGUCUGAAUGGGGUCAUUGAUGCAGCGGUGAAUGGUGGAGUCACCAGGUACCAAGAGGCAUUCUUUGUGAAGGAAUAUAUCUUGAACCACCCAGAGGAUGGAGAGAAGAUCGCAUGCUUGAGGGAACUUAUGCUUGAGCAGGCCCAGAUUCUGGAAUUUGGCUUAGCUGUGCAUGAGAAGUUUGUCCCUCAAGAUAUGAGACCUUUACAAAAACUAGUGGAUCAGUUCUUUGUGAUGAAAUCAAGUUUGGGAUACAGGUAUGAAUUUGCUGCAUGCAUCCAGGCCAGUCCAUUCACUUUCCGACACGGAAGCCCCCGCAUCUCUAGAAAUUCAAUCCCCGUUUCUAUGAGUCCAGAGGGUGUCAGAGUGAUUCCCAGACGCAGCCCCUUAAGUUACCCAGCUGUCAACAGAUACUCUUCCUCAUCAUUGUCCUCUCAAGCCUCUGCAGAGGUCAGCAAUAUAACUGGACAGUCUGAAAGCUCUGAUGAAGUUUUCAACAUGCAGCCAAGUCCAUCUACCUCAAGCCUGAGUUCCACUCAUUCAGCUUCACCUAAUGUGACCAGCUCUGCUCCAUCCAGUGCCAGAGGCUCGCCUCUGUUGUCUGACAAGCUUAAACAUUCCAGAGAAAAUUCUUGUUUGUCUCCAAGGGAGAGGCCUUGUAGUGCCAUUUACCCAAAUCCUGCUGAGUCUUCACAGAGAAUUUUGUUCAAUCACAUUGGAGAUGGUGCUUUGCCCCGAAGCGAUCCUAAUUUGUCUGGUCCUGAGAAAGCUGUAAACAGCACUCCCAGCAGCUGGAGCUUGGACAGCGGGAAGGAAGCCAGGAACAUGUCAGAGAGUGCAAAGCUUAUGUCUCCUCCUGUGCCCCCACGCCCCACGCAAACUGCAUCACCUCGACACCUAACCUCAGUUUCCCCUUCUCCUGCCGGAAGAUCUCCAAUGAAGGGUUCAAUACAAUCGUUUACUCCAUCUCCUGUGGACUACCAUUCCUCGGGACUCAUUUCCAACUCCCCAGUCUUGUCUGGAAGUUACAGCAGUGGCAUCUCCUCCCUCAGUCGGUGUAGCAUGUCUGAGACGUCCGGCUUUGAAACUCAAGUCAUGGAGCACCCAGUACCUAUUUCUAACUGCAACAUGUCCGAAGAGCCCGUGAGAAAAGAGAGCAAGACUCCGCCACCUUACAGCGUUUAUGAGCGGACACUGAGGCGCCCUGUCCCGCUACCUCACAGUCUUUCCAUCCCCAUCCCCACAGAUCCGCCAGCUCUGCCACCCAAACCCCUGCUGGUCCGACCAAACAAUCUGGAAAACAGUAACAAGAGAACUGAACAGGUCCCUCGGCCCAGGCCUCUUCCGCGGAAAGUGUCUCAGUUAUAACUUUUUUAAGAGAGGGUCAUUUUUUUUGUAAUGACUUAAGUGGGGGGGGGAACACACACAUCUAACAUAGGCACUUUAAUAUUUUUCACAAAUAUUCUUUCCAGUCGUUUUCUUUUUUCUUUUCUUUUCUUUAACUGCUUAAUAUUAUGUUCAAUAUUUUUGGCAGAUGAAAAGUACUAACCUAGAAUGCCAGAUAAUUGCAAGAAACAAGAUUGAAAUGAUUUCGUUAAUAUUAGGUACAGCAGACAUGGAUGCAUACCAGUUUGAAUAUGAAGCUCACCCCCCCAAAAAAUACUUUAAGCAAAACUAUAAUUCCCCUCCACAACUUCCUUUAAUGUAAUUCCCUGUACUUCUUAGAGCAUGCAGAAUAAUAUGAUUUAAACUUAAUAUAUAAAACCAAGGCAUGUUCCUGUAACAAGAUAGUUUCAUUUCUACUUUUUGUGAACAUUUUGGAGACUGUUCCCUUACCACUUUUGAACCUGUUUAUUAAUACAUGUACAUGAACAAAAGUGAUUAUGGGUCAAGUGCUUAUAAUUGCAUUGGAAAAUCAUGAGGAUAUUGUUGUUGCUGAGUUCAUGAAACAAAACACUUUGUUUGGGGUUACUUACUUUCUUUUCGCACAUUUCCACGUUUUAUAAAGCAUAUGUAUAUACAUUUUCAUACUUUUUAAAAAAUGACAUUUUCAGCACUUUGGCAAUGAUCUGUCAACAUGGCCUACAUUUUCCAAUUUACUUCAUAAUUCCAUAUAGCUGCUGAUAAAAAAAAAUUCCCAUGGACAGCUGGUUGUAGAAUUUUCACUUGCACAUUAAAAAUUGUGUGUUUUCAGAGGAGGAAAGUAACCUUUGAGGUGUUCUAGUAUCUCAAGUGACUGUGUCCUUUUCAUUGUGAUCUGAAAUGGCCAUUGUCAGCGCUGUAAAAUUAGUAAAUGCAAAGAAUGGCAAACAACUGGGUACAAAUAAGUGUUCCUGAAAAAUAGGGGGCAUUAACUGUGCGUGAAACAUCAGAACUAUAAAUCAGGAUUCAGGCUUUAAUAGUGAUUUUUUUUUCUUUCUUUCUCCCAAUCAAGCAUCUUGCCCAUUUGGCAGCCUUUAAGCCUCCGGACUGCAUACUGCACUGUACAACAGAAAGCUUAGGAAACAUCUGGGUAAAGGCAGGUACCUUUUCCUACAAGUCCCCCGGCCUGUCCCCCACCCCUUGCUCAGUUUCUGACAACCAGCUGUGUAGACUCCUCCAUAGCUCGUGUCCAUUCCAGACAGGGCAGCUUCUCAUGCCACAAUCUGUCCUCUUGUAGAGAGAGAGGACAAAAUAUGUGACAUGCCACAUUGUUUGAAAAGGCAUUCAAAAUGCACAGAAGCGGGGGACUCGACAUUUCCCUGCUUCUGCUUCUGUGUAUUUUAUCUUUGAAAAAGGAAGCGGCCGCCAGCAAUUGCAAACGUGUGCCAUUUAAAAUCACCGCAGUAUCUCUGCCCAAGUGCAACUUGCGAAAUUGCCUUUGGAAAUCUGUCCUGACAAGCAAAGGACGCUGCUCAGAGUGAAGACACUUUGCGCAAGGUCUGUUACACUCCCCCAAAGCACGGCACAUUCCAGUCUCCCCAAACGAAAGAGCUGGGCCUCCUUUCCGUUCUGUUGCUGUACAUUCCACUCCCAAAACAUGAGGGAGCCUCAGGAGGGUGAGGAACUGUGGUCUGAAAAAAAGGAAAACGGACCCCUCAGUGAGUAAAACAGAAAAACUUGUCUGCAAAUAGACAUUCCCAAUCGCAGCCCAAGUCCCUACAGAACAUUCUGUGUUGAAGUGCCCUUACUCUUGCCGGAUGAUGUUCAAGGUGGCAUUUCACUCGAAAGCUCCUGUAGAUCCGUUUGAAAUUUCGUACUCAGUUCUAGGACCACAGAUUAAAUCACCUUGUAUAAGCAAUUUUUCUAUCUCUUCUCCGCUCCCCAUCCCAUUUAUGUACUGUUUGCAACAUCUGUUUGACAACCAAUACGUAUGAUCUGUAUUUUUCAAUCAUACCGUUCAAAAGUUAUCUCCCUGUUUUGUUGGGAAUUGUGUGUGUGUGUGUGUUGAUUUAACAGUUUGCUUUGUUGAUAGCUUAACUCUGCAACAUGGUGACCACUUUUUAUAUUCCCUCAACGAAACCUUCAGCAGGUAUAUGCUGUUAAUGGUAGCUAUAGAGGUUUUCUAUAAUAAAUGUCCGAGUAUUUUUGUACAUAACUGGUUAAUUUUAAUAAGGAGUACAACUAUGUGAAAAAGAAAAACCAGACAGUUGUGUAUGCAGUAAGAUUGUUAUAAUUAUGCCAAAUACUUUAUGUAAGGGUGGGGCACGGGGAAAAAUAUUUGUACAUAUGUGCUUUUAACAAUAAUUCUGCCAUAUUGACUCUACAACUUUGAAUGUCAGAAAAAUAUAUUAAUAUAUGUUGAAAUAUCUAUGUUUAGCAAAAGUGUUUAUAACUGGAAAAGGAGCAUAUGAAUUUUAGCUUUGUACGUUGCUGAUUUUGAAGUCCUGAGAUUUCUUGAACUAGCUCUCGCUUAUCAUAACAUUUUCAUGUCCGCAUAACCAGAAUUUUGAAGCUGUUAGCUUACAUAUUUAUGCUGUUUUUUUAAAAAAGGAAAAGGUAUUGUAAUUUAAAUAAAGUGUCACAAACUGGAUAACAGACCUACUUUUAUCCCUCUCCCACCUUAUACAUAGAGCUGAAUCAGUGUGUUGCCUGGUCCUUCAGCAUAGUCUGAAUCAGUGUUAUUUGCUCCUCAAGUCCGUUUUUAAAACAUAUUUGGCAGUAAGCAAAAUUUUUACUCAUGUGCACGUAUUACUGACGUCUGCUUGACAGCAAAACUUUUAAUGUAGUUUCUGUUUACAGAUGGUUAUACUGGUUGCUGAAGAACCAUAAAUACACAAUAAAAUUGAUUGAUCUUUA